ACCGUUUCCUAGCAACCAGGCAAAAGCAUCUGCGUUCAGGAUGACUUUGAGCAGCAGCUCAAGCCUUCCAAUGCUCAAGCCGGCCUGCAGGUACCAGGAAGAACAGAAGGGCCACAAUUAGCCUCCAGUUGUUUCUAGGCUUUGCAGAAAUUGCUCUUCCUAAAGCCUAUCAGGUGGAGCGCAAGCUACCGGUACCCGCUCAGCCCCGGCCUCCCGUCAUGGAAAAGAGGCUUGUAAAGCAGGAGGUGAAAAGGCUGCUGGGAGAGUACAUUGGCAUCAGACUUCGGGAAAAUGAAUUUGAUCCAAAAGGAAGAGGCCACCUCACCUUUCUAGAUGAGAUGGCCCACUAUGACUUGGCCGCCAGUGUCGCUUGUCAAUGGCUAGAUCCCUCAGAAGAUUUAACUUGGCUGCAGUGGGAGAAACUGAAAACGCCGCUUCAUGGCAGACCUCUGUAUCCAAACCGAAAAGAGCGAGAAGCGGUGAUCUUAUCAUCUUACGCUGGAGUCUUAAUGAACAGUAUCCCAGUUGAGGAAGUCCUUAGAAUCUACGGGGCUCAUUCUUCUGCCAGUCCUGAUUCUACCAAGGUCUCCCGGGCUCUGUUACCCCGCCGCUCUCUGCACCCAUUUGCCAUGUUGACAGCACCCAACGCAGCCGAGUGCAACCGCAGACAGAGUGUCAAGUUGAGGAGAGGAGCAAUGGCUAAAAAAACCUCCAGCAGCAAUACAAAGAGAGCACUGGUACCAAAUGGGAAUCCCGGAAAAGGUGCUCGUACACACAGAGCUCAAGAACAGAGAGCCAGCGUGAGAUCACAUACUGCUGUCAGUUGAGAAAUAUAAUUCAUUUUCAGGUCACUUAGAAAUGAGAAAUAGUACCAUGGAUGCAUAGCACAGCCUCCGGAAGCAGACAGGAAGCUUCGCCUUAAAGCUGCGGUUGUCAACCACACACUCUCUGAGCACUUCGCUGUUGCUGUCCGCUGCAUUGGCUCUCAGGCUUGCUCUUGAGUUUUCUUCUCUUGGAAGCACAGCGCACACCUCUAUUUUGGUAAAAGGAAAAAAAAAUGUGUAUAUCCCAUGCUACUUCAUUGUAUGCUUGGAAGACUGAGGGAGCAUUCAGAGGGCGUUCACCGUUUCUGGAUGGGUUUAGACAAUCUGGUUUUGAUACACGUUUUAGCAAAUGUGUAGCUUAUUGCAUAGAAUGCUGGAGAAGGAGGCGGUUUUCCAAAGUUUCAACCCCACAUAAAAUUAAUUUCUCUUUAGCAUACUUUCCGAUAGAGAAAAUGUAAACUCAUUCAAUUUCAAUAAAGUUUGAAAAGAGAAAUGGAUGCUGGCUUUCUCUGGGUAGAAGCCAAUGACUGCCAGGGAAAGAAAAUGGCCUGCUCUUUUGGGGCCCCUCCAGUUUGCAGUAACAACUUCAUCAGAUGAAUGUCAGCACAUUAUACCUCUCCUUUCUUAAGGACCGGGCCAGCCAUCUUUCUGUGGCAUGGUCUUAGUGCCACAUGCAAAGUCAGGUGAGUUUGUUGACCUCUUCUGAAAACAGUAGUGUACUCCCACGUGAGGUUGUGGCUGGGGAGGUCAAUGUGGGCCUUUCUACGAGGUGCUUGACCACAGCUGUACUUGAGGCUUACCAGGAUCCUUGGAACACCAGGAUGGAUGCAGAGGAGGAUAUCAGCGGCCUGUGAUACUCGCCAAGCCUCCAGCUGCCGGGGACUUGGCCCGGUUUGCUUCUGUACAGCCUUGCUAGCUGUGAGAAGAUGCCUCUUGCAGUCUGCGCUUUUACCAUCCAUACAGGUCACGUGAGUGAUGGCUGAGGAUUUUUCAUGUGGGCAUUGUGCCUGCACUACUAACUCUAGUUGGGUGUCUUUUGAGAGACUCCUCAUGGGCAGGAAGCCAAAAUAGGUAUGACUUCACCUCCUCCAUAGGCAUGGACUGGGAUAACAGAAGAUAAUCUGAGGUUGAGUGAUCCUCCACCCCUGCCGUGGAGAAGCACUCUGCAUCAGCUGGCAACAAAUAAGGAAGUUCGCAUGGUGGCCAUCCUGGCUCAGGGAAACUGAUAUUUUCGUGAGGGAAAAUGCAGACAAACCAUAGCACUAAAAAUAAUGCUGGGAAAAGGGUAGUGGCUGAGAGAAUGGAAAAGCCCUUUGCUUGUAUAUAUAUAUGUGUGUGAGAGUGUGUGUGUCUGUGUGUGUGUGUGUGUGUGUGUUUAAGCAUUAACUCAAAAAAUCAUGCAUUUAAAAUUUGAUUUUACUGCUUUCACCCACUGAAUUUGCAAUAUAUAUUUAUAGUAGAAAGUUAAAGAAAUUUUAACAUCAAAAUAAAAAAA